CCCAAACAUAUUUCACCACAGCAGCUAGCUUCAGAUUAACCUCACCAGCUAGCUAACGCUAACUAACUAGCACACUGACUGAGUGAAAGUUAAUGCUAUAACGCUAGUACAAACAAAUGUUUAAAACUUACCUUUUUCAAUGAUUUUUUUUUUUUUAAGUUGGCUUUUUAAAAGUUGGUUUUUGCUAAUUGGUCUUCAGUUUAUAACUUUGUCUUAGUGUCUAACGUUAAAAUAAACCAAGUACUAGCUUAAGCGGAAUUUUGCUAAUUUCCGGUUAACGGAUAUGGUUUUCCGCUAGUGGAAACAGGUUUUAAAAAUGCCCACACAAGGUGACAGAGCAAAGUAACAUACUGGAAUUACAGACGGAGCUUAAACUGCCCUAUACAUUUUCAAUGGCGACCAGCCCACACAGGUGUAGGUGAUAUGUUGUAAUUAAUUGGUUCAGUCACACGCCGAGCGCGUGGAUAAGCGUGAUGAGAGGGUGAAGGACGCAUUCCACACGGCAACUAAUAAACAUCACUUAAGAAUGAGCAGAAGAACACCUAAUGGGUCCAAGGAUGAUCUUAAAGAUAAAGCUACUAGAGGGAAAUGCUACACCUCUUUUAAAAAGGAAAGUGAGCUCCAGGCUUCUCUUCAUUCUUGCAAGGAACAGAAACGGAGGCUUCAAAUUAGAACAUCUUGUCGACGGUUGUGUGAUCUCCUGCCCUUUGUCGAGGGUCAGUUAGACACAGCGACCACAUUAGAGCUCACUGCUAAGUACACGAGCUACCUGAAGCAGACUCUGCCCCCGAACAUUCUGUCUAAAGUUAACAAAGCAGUUGAGGCCAAUAUGAAUUGUUCGUCGAACGUACAAAUGCCACAGAAGAAACGCAGAACAGUUGGGCAAAAGAAGAAUACUUUACCUGGAGCAAAGCCAGCUGCUAAGAAGUCCACUAAGGAUCAUGUCUCAAGAAGAUGCACUCAGCAGAUCUGCAAACAAGCGACUCAACCAUCUAGCACAGUAACCAGCCCUCUGACAAUGGACCAGAUGCUUCCUCCAGCUGACAGCCUGACGACAGCGCACGCCCCGCCAAUACUGCUGGACAAAUCUGUUGUUCCCCGGGGACAAAUGCUGCCAGUGUGCCAGGAUCAAUGUCUCUCUUCCUCGUUUCAGUCUGUGGAAAAAAACUGGAUCAACCUGACCCCUGCAUUUAUUAACCCUACUUCAUGUGCUUUCCCACCUGCAAUGAUCCGCCCCACGUUUUUACCACAGAUGGGCUCACACCCAUCUUCAAGCCAUGUGCUAUGGGACGUUGAUCCCGGCCUGGUGGAGCCUGUUGCUCUCCCAUCGGUGAAUUUCGGCCAAGCCUACAGCCCACCUGACCCCACCACAGUAGCAAACUUCAUCACGCCCCCGGUAGAACAAGGUCCGAUCCAUUCAUCUCUAGUUGGCACAACUGACAGCGAUCCAGCAGUAGAUUUUACAAACCAACCACUCAUCCCGUUUUCUAUGUUUCAAAGGGCAACCACAAGUUUUAAUGAGCUGACACCUGAGGCUGGAAAUGUGCCAGUGGCAGAUGCUCUGUGUGAUUCAAGACUCCUUCAGGAGAGUGACCUGUGUAGCAGUAGCCCGUUGACAGACAGUCCACAGGAUGUGGUCAAUCCAUUGUGGCUGGAUUUGCUGUUAGAUACCAAUGGUAGCUUGUGCUUCCCCGAUGCUCACCUGGUAAAUGUUGUUCUUUCACCAUACACCGGGUCCAACUAACUGUCCUAUAUCACAGAUAUGUGAAAUACAUACAGCCAAUAUUAGAGAAAUAGUCUAGAUGUUGAGAUAUGAUGUUGAGAAAGUGUUGCUUUUUUUGUUCUUUAAUACAUAUGUGAAAGAUAUAUUGAAAGUUAAUGUUUUUUGUUCACACAUAGUGAGCUAAUGCUCCAUUGUUGGGAUUUGCUUAUAAGGCAAAGUUGCUUGGCAUGCAACACAUGACUACUGUCAUUGUUACGGCCAACAAAUGUUAGCUCAUAGUGUCCAUGAGGUCAUAGUGCACAGACCCCAAUAAAUACAUUUGAGUAAAAAGCACUUGCAGGUUUUCCCCAUUUUGUUGUUGUUAAAGAUGACUUUUCAGAUUGUCUUUAGUACUUUUUUCUUUCUACAGAACAGUGUAAGAAAUGGCAGCACUCUGCCUCUUUUCAGUUUCUGAUCUAAAUAAGUUAUUUAUUGAAACUUAUUGACUAUUUUAAAAAUUGCCAAUUCAUAUGUUGUGUUACAUAACUGGGAAGUUAUUGGCUGACUGAAUAUCUGUCACUUCAGUUAUGAAUAAUAAACACAGUCAAUGUUAAUCUUUGCAAUAAAUGUGUUUGACGCAAUGUGCAACUGCAAUUAUUUUCAAGACUAACAUUUUGAAUUGAAUUUGUGUUGACUCAUAAAAAUGAGAAAUGGAAGAAUUUUGAAAAAUAAUAUUUUGGAAUUCCUCAUUUAAGUAAUUAGUAUUCCUAAUCAGAAUAUUGGACACUCUGAACUGUAUUUUACAUACAUAUUUUACACCCUGGUCACACAAGAAAUGUGAAACAUUUGG